AUGUCUGAGGAGGAGAGGUUACAAAGCGAACAGAAACAAGAGACUACUAACCCCAAAUCGAAAAAAGAUAAAUAUCGAAAAGACAAACCGUGGGACACCGAUGACAUAGAUCACUGGAAAAUAGAUCCUUUCAGACCUGAAGAUAAUCCACACCCAUUUACAGAAGAAUCAUCGUUCGCCACACUUUUCCCAAAAUAUCGUGAAAAUUAUUUGAGGGAAGUAUGGCCUCAUGUUACCAAAACUUUGGAAAAAGUGGGCGUUGCUUGUGUACUUAACCUAGUUGAAGGUAGUAUGACAGUGAAAACAACACGGAAAACAUACGAUCCGUAUAUUAUUCUCAAAGCGCGUGACUUGAUUAAACUUUUGGCAAGAAAUGUGCCGUUUCUUCAAGCUGUAAAAAUUCUUGAUGACGAAGUCGCAUGUGACAUUAUAAAAAUUGGAAACAUAGUUCGCAACAAGGAACGAUUCGUUAAGCGACGACAAAGAUUAAUUGGUCCGAAUGGGUCGACAUUAAAGGCAAUCGAACUUCUCACACAAUGUUAUAUAAUGGUUCAAGGAAACACCGUAUCCGCAAUGGGCUCACACAAAGGAUUGAAAGAUGUGCGACGAGUUGUCGAUGAUUGUAUGAAGAACAUUCAUCCUAUUUAUCAUAUAAAGGAACUGAUGAUAAAACGCGAGCUCGCCAAAGAUCCAAAACUAAAAAACGAGUCAUGGGACCGAUUCCUGCCACACUUUAAGAAGAAGAACGUGAAACGACAAAAGAGACCAAUUGUCACGAAGAAAGAGUAUACGCCUUUUCCGCCACCACCGACUCCGAGCAAGAUUGAUUUACAACUGGAAUCCGGUGAAUACUUUCUUAAAGCUCCGGAAAAAGCAGCGCGUGAAAUGGAGAAAAAGAAGGAAAAACAACGAGAAAACUCCCUCAAACGCAAAGCGGAACGAGAAAAAGCAUUCAUUCCUCCUGUGGAAUCAUCAUUAUCGAAAAAAAAGAAACGUAAAAACGACGAGUAG